AUGUCACCUCCGAGCGGCGCGGCCUCUUACAAAAAGAAAGAUGGCACCCUAGCCAUCUCUGCGGACGAGCGCUCGGUCUCAUGGAAUCCGACCGCUGCAGGUGCGGCGAAAACAAUCACUAUUACCGUCACCAGUAUCACCAACCUGCAGCAGACCCCCGCCGGAAACCCAAAGGUCAUGCUCAAAAUCUUCGCACUGGCCCCAGAUGCGCCUCCAGGAACUGCCCCCGAGGCAUACACCUUCCAGUUCACAGCUGGCGCGGACGCCCGAGCUCAAGCCGAUAUAAUCAAGGACACGCUCAGUGCUCGGGUCAACUCUGCCAAGUCAGCCACACCCUCCCAGACGCCGGCGCCUAGUGGAGGACCCGAGCUGUCGGCGGCGAUGGCGAUUGCAAAUGCCGUGACAUCUGCGGGGACCGCUACGAACCCACUAGACGAUGAGAAGAAACUACGAGGCGAUGUGGAGCUGCAGCAAUCGCUAUUGAGAUCCGAUGCGAAUCUGCAGAAGAUGUUUUUCGAGGGUCUACAUACAAAACCAGAGGCUUUAUCGUCCGGUGCAUUCGUGUCCCAGUUCUGGUCAACGCGACUGCACCUUCUGCGAGCCCAUGCCAUUGAGCAGGGCCAGACCCGCGGCUCAUACAAUGUUUUGUCAUCGCUCAAGCCUCGGGUUGAAGACAACGUGACGCGAUUGAAUAUCAGCAAAGAGCAGAUUCAGCUCAUUUUCACGCAGCACCCUCUGGUCAAGCGCGUGUACGAUGAGAAUGUGCCGAAGCUGAGUGAGCAGCAGUUUUGGUCUCGGUUCUUCCAGAGUCGACUGUUUAAAAAGCUGCGCGGAGAGCGUAUCUCCGAAGCAGAUGCGACCGAUGUCGUUUUGGACAAAUACCUUCGAAACGACGAGGGGUCCGGACCGGGCAGGGACUCGAAUAUUCACAGCUUCUUGGACUUGGCUGGUAAUGAAGGGAAUAACAGCCAGCGUCGCGGAAACCGACCUGAUCUUGACAUGAGACCCUCGGGGAUGGAUAAAGUACCUAUCAUCCGCACUUUGAACAGCCUGAGUGAGAAAAUCAUGGCCAACGUUGCACCUGCCGAUGGCGACGCAAGUGCCCCUAUAGGCCUCAACGAAGAAGAUUGGAAAAAAUUACAGCUGCAAGAUCUGCGCGGCGACGAAGAGCAAAGCCGCAUUACGCUGAACAUACGCGACCAAAGUCGUUUCUUCGCUCACGGCCAGGAAGGGGACCAAACCAAGCAAGUUGAGCAGAAAGAUCCAGAUCAGAUUUUGCAAUUGCUCCGCGCAGAGAUCACGCAGAACCUCCCAUCGCAAGGAAAUACUCAACUCGGCAAACUCGUCGACCCUGGCGAUGAUGAAGAUGAAGAAAUGGAAGACGCACCUGCCAUCAACCGACCUGUUGGGUCAUCCGCUGCCCUCCACGAUGCACUCGGUCAAAUACUCGAGGCUGUGCGCGACCGCCGUGCUCAAAUGAAUGAGAAGACGACAUCGGAAACACAAGGCCUAUCCAUCGCACUCUUUGACCGAUUGACCUUGACACACGCUACUACCACUGAAUUCCUCCACCAGUUCUGGCAGGCAUUCCUCUCCGGAGACCCCGAUCGUGCCGGCGAAGUCGCAUCGCUCGCAGAGUCUCUCCAGCGAGCAAUGGAGCGCAUCAAGGCCGUCGCCAAUGACGCCGAGGCCGAACGCAAAGUCGAAGUCGAUCGACUCAAGAAGCACGCUCGUGAAGUGUACGAGAGCACUGGACGAAAGCUACGUGUCAACCUAGAAGGCGUUGAAGGUGGCGAGAAGGUUGUCAACCAACUUCUAGGACCGACGCUUCAUGCUCUGGAAGUUGCAACCGCCCAAUACCAGACAGAAUUAAGCAAACAGACCCAGGAAGCUGCUGCACUGGCCGUCUAA